ACACGUGCCAACAAACAAGAUGGCGUGCGCACCAAGCACACAAGCGCAUCUUAGCCUUUCUUCUUCAACCUUCUUCGCAUAAAGAGUUCUGUUCAAGUUCUAUUUCAUCAUCAAAAACUUAUCCACUGCAAUUCGAUUCUCGAGGUGAAAUAAUACGAACUGAGUUCGUGUUGCGAUAAUCUCGGAAUUAAACAUGUUUUUUGAUGGAUAUGGAUAUCAUGGAACAUCAUUUGAGCAAACAUAUAGAUGUUACCCUGCAUCUUUUAUUGACAAGGCACAGAUAGAAAAUGGUGACAAAGUUAUAAUGCCACCAUCUGCUCUUGACCGCCUUGCAUCUCUUCAUAUUGAUUACCCAAUGUUGUUUGAGCUUCAAAAUGCUGCUGCGGAGCGGGUUUCCCACUGUGGGGUUCUGGAGUUCAUUGCAGAAGAAGGCAUGAUAUAUAUGCCUUACUGGAUGAUGGAGAAUUUGUUGUUACAAGAAGGAGAUUUUGUACGGGUGAAAAAUGUGACACUUCCUAAGGGUACAUAUGUUAAAUUGCAACCACACACUAAGGACUUCUUGGAUAUUUCAAAUCCAAAAGCUAUCUUGGAGACUACAUUGAGGAACUUUUCUUGCUUAACCACGGGGGAUAGUAUUAUGGUGGCUUACAAUAAUAAAAAGUACUACAUAGACAUCAUAGAGACGAAGCCUUCAAAUGCAAUAAGUAUUAUAGAAACUGAUUGUGAAGUGGACUUUGCUCCUCCUCUUGAUUACAAGGAGCCUGAAAAACCUGUCGCUUCUGUUCCAAAGGGCAAAGCACAGGCUGAAGGUGAGGAGCUUCCAGCUGAAGAACCAAAAUUCAAUGCUUUUACUGGUGUUGCCAGACGCUUGGAUGGAAGACCUCUGAAGAACCCAGCACCUCCGGUUUCAUCAUCAGGAUUGAAAGACAGGACAUCUGGUACUUCCAAUGGAGCCGGGCAAUCUUCCGCAUCCAGUUCCAGUUCACAAAGCACUAACCGUCAGUCUCAGGGAAAGCUUGUAUUUGGCUCAAAUGCAAAUCGGAAUCAAGAAGCUCAGAAGGACACUCCAAAAGAGACAAAGCAGGAGCCACCAAAGAAAGAAGAGCCGAAGUUUCAGCCAUUCUCCGGAAAGAAGUACUCCUUGAAGGGUUGAUUGUGUAUUAAUCGAAGCCUUGAAAUCAUUCGCAUGUUAAUCUAUGGUCAAAACUACAGUAAUUAUAUUAGAGUGGAACAUAGUGUGGUUAAAAGGUGUCCGACGGUUAUUUCUUGUUUCAAAUAUGAAGAAAUUAUAUUCUCUGCCCAACUUUAUUUA